CGGUGACCCGCCCGCGCGCAGAUGGAAUGAUGCUGCGGAGUAUAAAGUCGCCCGCAUGCCAUGUGGGGAUUAGAUAUGGAUAUGGUUAUGGUUAUACGAAGGGAUCGAUCAAAGCUUAGAUUUUACGACGUGGCAUUGUAGCACGUCAUGUCCUCGCAGCCGCUCUACCCUGCCUAUCUGCCCGUCAGGCCCGAGGGCUUCACCCCGACGCAAGACCUGCCUCCCUUUAAGGUCGAGGAGCCUGGAUUGCGCGCGGAUCCGGAACUGCCUGAGAUUAAGGUGAAGGGGAAGUUGAAGAACAUCACGCCUCGUAUUGGGACCGAGAUUCGCGAUCUCCAGUUGAGUCGGUUGUCGAAGGAUGGGCUCGAUCAGGUCGCGCUGUUGGCGGCCCAGCGAGGCGUGCUUGUAUUCCGCGAUCAAGACUUCGCCGAUAUAGGAACGCAGCGACAGAAAGAGAUCGCGACGCAUUUUGGCCCGCUGCAUAGACAUCCAACAAUGGGUUAUCCCGAAGGCACAGGCCCCGAAUUCCAAGUCGUAUACGCCGAUGAGAAAGUAGGAACCCUGCGCGACCUCCUCGGCCCCCGCAACACCUACGACCUCUGGCACAUCGACCAAACAUUCACGCCCAACACGCCCGGCACGACAUUCUUCUGGAAUCUCGAGACACCAGCCUCCGGCGGCGGCGACACAGCAUUCACGUCCCUGCCGUGGGCGUAUCGCGCCCUGUCGCCAACUUUCCGCGAAGGCCUCCACAACCUAAAGCUGCUACACACCAGCGCUAGUAUCGGCGAGGUCGCGCGCAUCGGAACGGAACGCGCCCUGAAAGAAGCCGUGAAGAGCGAGCAUCCGCUUGUCAUUCAGCAUCCUGUGACGGGGGAGCCGGCGCUGUUUGUGAAUCCGACGAUGGCAAGGCAGGUGGUGGGGUAUAAGCCCGGGGAGUCGGAGAUGUUGUUGGGUUUUCUGCAUGAGCAUAUCAGGUCGUUGGAUUUUAUGUGUCGGGUGCAGUGGGAGAGGGGGACGGUGGUGGUUUGGGAUCAGAGAACUGCGGCGCAUUCGGCGGUGCCGGACUUUAAUGAUGGAGAGAGGAGGCAUAUGGUGAGGAUUAUUUCGUAUGGGAGUCAGCCGAGGCCUGUGGAUUCUUGA